AGAAAGAUAAGGUAAAUACGGUGACUGCUUUCACUGUCUGCUGGUGAACUGUUGUCAGCAUGUCGCAUCGGUCGGUGUUGGUGUUGUUACUAACUGUGGCAAUAGGUCUCGCCUUUGGAGAAAUCAACUUGCUGAAGAACGCCGACUUUGAGCUCAGUACGUUCAGUGAGUCAUCUGGAGCCUGGUACGCAAAUGGCUGCUCCGCCACGGCAUCAGACGACAGCUACACCGGUGCCCAUAGCGUGCGCGUCACCAACAGGAGAGGAACAUGGGCGGGCAUGAGCUACCAUCUGACUUUGAAACCAGGCACCAACUAUUACUUCAAGGCUCACAUAAAACUACAAAAUGUCCCUACACACGACCUGACUGCGAACACACAGGUGAUGGUCUUCCUGCAAAUGACCAGCGGUUCCAAGUACCUGACGUUGUCUGAGAACAAGGUGAUGCAGCCGCACAUCUGGCAAGCUAUUGGAGGCGACUUUACAACUCCAGCUGAUUUAACGUCCGCUCGACUGUACAUUCAGUCAAAGGACGCGAGUGUCAACUACCUCUUGGAUUCCUCUAGUCUGGUCGAAAUACCACCCCUCCCGAUCAACUGGAAAACCACGGCUAAUGCUACUAUCGAUAAGAUGAGGAAAGCAGAUAUUACCGUCAGCAUCUAUGGACACUCAUCCACAAAGGAUCUUAUUGGUGUCACCAUCGAGGUUAUCCAGAACAAGCACGAGUUUGGCUUUGGCUCUGCGGUAAAGGCCAGUGCAAUGACUAAUCCCCAAGAGACUACAUACCAGAAAGUCUUUUAUGACAAUUUUGAAUGGGCAACGAUUGAGAACUUUCUCAAAUGGCGCAUGAUGGAAUGGACAGAAGGAAAAGUGAAUUAUGCCACCGCUAUGAAUGCUGUUGAUGAGAUGCUGAAGCACGGGACGAACAUACGAGCACACAACUUGUUCUGGGACCGAAAAUCAAAUGUGCCCGCUUGGUUAGCUAACACUACUGGCCAAGCUCUCAUUCAGCAAAUGGAAAGAAGAAUCAAUGGCAUUGUUCCAAGGACCAAGGGCAAAGUUGAGCACUGGGACGUGAACAACGAAAACAUCCACGGUAAUUUCUUCGAGUCCGGCACAGGCGACGUGAACAUCACCAUGUGGAUGUUCAAGGAGGUACAUAAGGUAGACCCCACAGUGAAACUGUUUCUGAACGACUACGGCGUGGUGAAGGACAGAUACUCUACACAGGACACUGGACAACAUGGUGCUCUGAUAAUGCUCCAGGAUUACUACAACCAGGCGAUGAUGUUCAAGGCGAGACCCGAUGUCCCCCUCUAUGGCCUCGGAAUACAAGCGCACAUGCACUCUUCUAUAGAUGUGUCUGUCGUCAAGUACCGCCUGGACCAGAUGGUGGCAACCGGACUGCCCCUGUGGAUCACGGAGUUUGACCUGGAUGUACGUGAUGACAACAGCAGGGCGGACUAUCUGGAGGACCUGCUCACACUCUUCUUCAGCACACCAGAAGUGGAGGGAAUUAUAUUCUGGGGAUUCUGGGACGGAAAUAUGCAUGCACCCAUCCGAGCUUUGUUUACUGGAAGCGAUGUUAAACCUAAUGCUGCUGGUCGGAGAUAUCAGCAACUGUUCAAGCGAGACUGGAGGACCAAUAUAACUACGCCUAUAGCAUCUGGGCACGCCUCACUCCGAGGUUUCAGGGGCCAGUACACCCUAAGAGUCACAAAGGCUGGUCACACACUAAAGGAGGAAAAGUUUACAUUGACAAGUAAAGGGGCGGACCUUAACGUUACAGUCAGUGGAUCAGGAAACACCAUGCAAGUGUCGCACAUUCUUGUUGGAUAACACGUUGAAGCUUCUGUCAUGUAUUUAUACACAUUGAAUACACCAUGUUACAUAC